UAUCAUGAUGAAGUUUCUGCUGGUGGCUCUCGUGUUUGGCUUGUUUGGCUUGGCUCGGGCUAAAGACAUUUCUGGAGUUUGGUACACUGUUGCCAUAGCUGCAGAUGACAGAGAAAAGAUCCAGGAGGAUAAACCCCUGAGAAUGUACAUUCGGAGACUCCAGUGCUAUUCGAAGUGUCAAGAACUCGACAUCAUCUUUCAAGUCCAGUUGAAGGGACAGUGCACACUCACUACAGUCAGGGGAAGAGACAUCGGGGAUGGUGUCUGGAGGGAUGAAUAUGAAGGAGAGAAUCACUACAAACUUAUGAAGCAGACGAAAGACUUCAUCAUCUUUUACAAUGAGAACGUGGAUGCUGCCGGCUGGAAAACAAAAAUGAUCUACGCUCUUGGGAAAGAAAAAGCCCUGGAUGCUGGCCAAACCAAAGACAUUGAAGCGUAUUCCGGAUCACAGAGAAUUCCUGCCCAAAAUAUCGAAUAUGUGUAUCUUACAGACACCUGUCCUUAAGAGAAGAAAUUCACUCGAUGAUAAAAGGGAGAGAAACAUUCAGCGCUCCUCGAAGACGGAGGCAGAAUCAUCUACAAUUGGCCCGGCACGUCACUGUGAUUUC